GACAUAGUCGAUACUUACGCGAUAUUUACCUUUUGGCCUUGUGUGUCAACCGAAACGCCAUAUCUGUAUAGGAAGACUGCCUUGCUUUGUCACAGUGUUGGUAGAAAUAUAUACCGAAAUCAGGCCACAUCGAACACAUAUAACCACUGAAAGUUCUAUUUUAUACCAGGGAUAUGUUGUUCCAAGAGGUACAUGUACAAAUAUAUGCCUAGACAGUCAUGGCGCCUCGACGCGGCUGGUGUAAGCUUUGCCAGGAUGAUUACAAGUCAGGUGACUCCAUAAUCAAAUGUACAAGUUGCCCAAAGUCGUAUCAUAGGGAAUGCCUGGAGCAUGAUAUAAGCACCAACGUUGGGCAUAACGCCGAACUAGUCGAUGGGCAUUAUGACUUUCGUACAUUCCAGUGUGAUAACUGCCUGCGUUACGAAGAUGAAAACGUGAUUGAGAACGACGAUCGUUGCAAACUAUGCAAGGAAAAGAAUCGGAACGACAAUGAUGUGCUAUUGCUCUGUGAUGGUUGCCCAAACAGUUAUCACAUACGAUGCCUGGAACUUGUAGCAGAGCCUGAUGGAGAUCAGUGGUUCUGUCCAAUGUGCAAACCAGAUAACUUCCAAGUUGUGUCGUUUCGGAAAAAACAGCAUCCUUUGGCAGAUACGGGGGACCACGUCAAUUCGUCUAUAUGUUACGUGUGUCAACGCCAUGGCAAGCUGCUGGGCUGUGACUUCUGCAGCAAUUCGUUCCAUCAUGGAUGUCUGCCAGAGUUUGAUGUCGGUACCAUUGGUGAUGUGUGGGAGUGCCCUUGCUGUAAGGGACAGGACCCAUUUAUUAACCAGAUGCACAAGAGGUGGACUGUGCAGCAGAUUGAUCGAAAUCUCAAAGAACGUAGACGCUGCAUACAAAUGUGGAAGGCAAAAAUCACUAAGUAUCGUAACAGGUUCCUCUUGGCGCACCGUAACGACUUAGCGCCGUUCGUAACGGACAAGUGCAUGGAGUCGCUGAAACGCAACUUUGUUGACGAAGGAUCAACAGCUCGUAAGCGUUUGCUGAAUUCUGGACGGAAUAUUGACGAUAUUCUCGAAUAUUUUGAAGAGGAGGCUAUUCAUGAGGCUGAGAAAUUCGUUGCUAAAGCACAUAAAAGCAGCCUAUACCCAAGCGGACGCAAGAUUGACGGCCGCCCAUUGAGAAAUGGAGUACAGUUGAAACCACACCAGGAAUUUGGUGUUGAUUGGCUAUUAAAGUCAUUCUUAACAGGAGGUGCUAUUUUAUCAGACGAAAUGGGUCUUGGGAAAACUAUCCAGACACUUUGCUUUCUAUCUUAUCUAAAGUUGAUGAAGAUAGAAGGUCCACACCUCAUUGUAGUUCCGUUAUCGACGGUGGGUAAUUGGCUUCGGGAAAUCCACCGAUUCACACCUCAUCUAACAUCAAUCAAAAUAUGCGGCUCGCGGACGGAGCGACAGCACGCAAUGGAAGAUCGUUUAGCAUACAAAGGAUUAUAUGAUUUGUACAUUACUACUUAUGAAACCGUAAAGAGCGAGGAGGAAUUCUUCGUGGAAACAAUCCCUCGCUGGCAGUGCCUUAUCCUGGACGAGGCCCACAGGAUCAAAAACCAGAGUGGCGCUGCACGCCAUUCAAUGGAUCGCAUUUUGGCAAACAUGCGCCUGCUGUUGACCGGUACGCCAUUGCAGAAUAAUGCAAUGGAGCUUUUCACACUUAUCAACUUCAUGUUCCCCGAUAUAUUCAAGGAUACUACCCUCAUGGACGAAGUGUUCCGUAACGUACCGAGAAAACAUGGGCGAGGAGCAAUGUCUGCAGCGGCAUUGGCGGUAGCAUCGGCCAACACUAAUUUCUCAAAGGAAGAUCUGGAGUCAAUAAAAACGCUACUUAGCCGAGUAAUGUUGCGCAGGCUGAAGGAGGAGGCGAUAACAUUACACCCUAAGGUGUUCCACGAUGUAUGGAUACCGCUUAGCAAGGUGUCGUUGCACUGGUACAGGACACUAAUGAGCGUGCGUACGCUUAUGAAGGACCAGUUUAGCGUAAAGAAAUUGCUAGGCAUGGUCAUUAAAAUGCGUAUUAUCUGUGGUCAUCCCAGGGGUAUUGUUAGCCGGACACACCAAACUGAAAAACUUUACGACUUUUUCAAACAACAGUCUUCUCGGUUGCAAAAGCAAAUAGAAGACGACGCUAACAGCUUGCGCGAAUUGCGUGACAAAGAGCAUUGUGAUGCCAGCGCUAAGCUGACUUUCCUGGAUAAAUUGCUGUGCCAGCUACAUUACGAAAACUGCGAGCACGUGCAAGGUUACUUGGAACAAUUUGGCAAACAUUUGAAAGAACGGGAAAUGGUCCGUGAACACAAACUAAAGUUGCGCAAAAAAAUGAAAGGCGUUGCUAGCCAGGAACCGUUUGAGAUUGAUUCCAACGAUUUCCUAGUACGAACACCAGCACCAACAUCUCGUAAUCCUAACUUCAUGGUCCAAGGGAUGUAUGCGGAACCGAUGCCUGAGGAAUGCCCCUAUAAGCCGGAGUCACCUACUGGUCCAUUCGCUGGCAGCAACAAGGCAGUGGAAGGUGCCAAGGAAAAUGCGCACGCUAACCCUGAUCUCAAAAUGUCUGGAGCUAAAAAUCGUGUUCUAGACGAUGAGGAUUUACCAGAUAAUGUAAAAGUAGAAACUGAACCCAGCAAGGGAGACAAUGUACAUCUGAUAAAGAGUGAAAAGGAAGUCACCAUCAAAAAGGAGGCUGAUAUCGAUGACAGUGAUGUAAUAAACAGCGCACGUGACCCUAAAGGUGCGAUGAUGCACAAGGUAUUGGUUUUUACGCAGUUCCAACUGGUACUCGAUGAGCUAGAGGUGUAUUGCAACGCCCGUGGUUGGAAGUAUAUGCGCCUUGAUGGUUCAACAAAUAAGUUGAUUCGCGAACUUGAUAUUCGUGAAUUCAACUCGCCGUCAAGUCCAUACUUUGUGUACCUCAUAAGCACUCGUGCUGGUGGUUUGGGUAUUAACCUCACUGCCGCCAAUCACGUGGUACUGUUCGAUGAGGAUUGGAAUCCGUUCAUCGAUCUGCAGGCCAUUGAUCGCGCACAUCGCAUUGGACAAAAACGCAGUGUACACAUUUGGAAAGUCGUAUCGGAGUGGACAGUAGAGGAACGUAUGGCCUUGUGCCGUGAGAAGAAGCUCCACCUCGAUAAACUGCUUAUUAACUCCCAGAGGCAGGCUAUGGACUACGAAGAGGCUGCUGAGGCUACUACCGUCUCGUUAUCAUCAGCAGCCAUCGUUAACAUGAUGAUGCACGGUAAUAAUGCCCUGAAAAACACUGAAGGUGAAGAUAUAACGGAGAUGUACCUCGAUGAUAUCAUAGCACGUGGUCGCAAGAAACCGCCAGAGGGUCUUGACGACUCGGCCGAAAUUGAUGAGUCUGAGGACGUAACUCUGGAAGAUGACAAAGCUGACCCGAAUAUGGUCAACGUGUCUGAUGUGAUGAAGGAAGAGGAUGUGGGUGAUGAACAAAUAGGUGACGAGGAGACUAACACUGGCGGCUCGUCAGACGAGGAAGAAGAUAGUAAUCCACAAGAAGUCGCUGCGAAGUCUCCAACUGUAUUGGACCCCAAGCAAGUGAAGAAACUCUUAAGUGGCGUGAAAGAUAAAUCUGAGAUAGUGCGCCAAUUGGAGAGUGGCGGGCUAUUGUGGCGUUCCGGUCGUGAAAAGAAGCGACCUUCUAGUAUGUACGUUCCCGAUAGCUUCCGCAAGCGUUCUGAAACUCGUACGCUUCGCCACGAAUGCCGAUGCUUCUGCUGUGGCUUUGCAAAGAACCACAAGGCCCAGUACAAGGACAAGGAUGGAAAUAUGGUAGACAUUGAUUACGGCGAGUUGAUCAAGUGCUUCCGGUGCCCUAAGGUCUACCACAAAGUUUGCGAAAGCCUUAGCGAUACCAGGAAAACGUGGACUUGCAGGUGGCAUGAAUGUUGCCUAUGCUUCCGCAAAAGCUCGCAGUGUGACAAUAUGCUGAUCCACUGCUCUAACUGCCCUACUUCUUUCUGUUAUGAUUGCUUCCCACCCGACUAUACACGCCACUACGUUGGUGAGGACUACUACUACGCUUUAAACCAACGAGGUUUGAAUGCUACUACCAACACGUGGAUAUUCUUUUUGUGUUCCAAGUGCAAAAUUUUACAGGAAAAGGAUCGACGCAAAAGGAUGUCUAAGGAAGACCGCGAGCUGCAGCAGAAGCAGCAGCGGGAGUUUAGGAAACAAUUGGCAACCACCGACAUCGGUGACGACAAGAAUGCUAAGCGCCGUAGACGUGAGAAUAGGAUAUCAUUUUUGGACAACUACAGGGCUAUGGAGGUACAGUUUGAAAACAGAUUGCGCACUGCAUAUGAGCGUUUGUGUCCACCUAAUCUUAUAGAGGAGGUUACACGACGUAUUGAAGCUGCGCGUGCCAAGAGGGAUGCUGAAGAGGCAGCUGGUCUAGUGCGUCUCAGACGCGAGGUCAACUUCUUAGCCAUCCGAUUGCCGUACAAAAUGCUGGCUGUUUGUGAAAAUUGCAAACUACCAUUGCACAAUACGGUUCGUUACCCCGGUGAGUGCCCUUAUGUCAAGGAAGUUAUUAAACUUGAGGUAACUGUACCGGUGGAAACCCAAGGCACCGAUGAUAAAGUGGAACAGCAGGCUGGUAAAACUAUAAAGAAAACUGCAUGUUCAAAAUGCCUAUUGGCAAUGACAGGUAAGCUGUCUCACACCCGCCGUAGUUGUGACCUUCUCACUGACGAGGAAAUUAAUGAAUACGAUGAUCGUAGGAAGCGCGCCAUAGCAGCCAUCGAGAUGUUGGAAAGCCUUGGUAUAUCAGAACCAAAUGAGAUUAACUACUCCCUGAUAGCACAUCCUCGGUUAAAGGCCAUAUAUGCCACAGCACUCGAAGACAUGGAUCGCAUUGUGCUUGAGUGUUUCAACUCAGCAGGGUUGAACAUUGCUCCUGUCAAUGGCUUCAUUCAUCCAAACUUGGCCUCGGCCAGCGCGCCUGCUUCGCCAGAUGCUGGAUAUAACGCAUCUGCCCAGACAUCAGCUGGCGUCACGCCUAUUGCAAAUUCGCCUUUACUCUCAAGUACCCAAGUGGACUUGACCGAAUCACGAAAUAGGGAGAUGCAGCCAGAAAAAAUGAUUACUAGAGGACGCCGAAAGGUAUCGGCGGCUAUUUACUCGGACUCCCCUCAGCAACACUCUGCUACGACAUCAUACGAGAGUGAUGGUACUGGCUUAACUAUGCCUACUACUUCAGAUAGCGUGCCACCUUUGGAAUUAGGUCCAGGCAUAUACCUGGAAGGGUUGAAUGUUGCCAUUCCAAAGUUGAGGCAGCUAUCGGGUGAGGAUACAGAAACUCACUCCCGGAGGAAUUCUGGCGAUAGCGCGAGUUCCAAAAAGAUGGACUACGACAUACGCGAGUAUUUCACCUUUAAUAAGUGAAAGGUAUCCAACUAUCUCUAAUACUACCUCACC